AUGAUCGACGGUCAUAGGUACACCGACGCGAAUAUUGCCGAACUCGACUACCGGCUCUAUCUCGAGGGCAUAGUGGAUGCAGAGUCUCGCGUGAUGGAAGUGUCUCGGUCCGAGGCAUCAGAACCGUUCCCUUCCGCAGGCGUACCGAACUCUGAUUCCGCUGCAUUGGGUACCUCAUUACGCGAGAACCUCAAGUUUUCGCUCCUGCGGCUGACUGCUGAACUCGACAUCUUUUGCCGGCAGCUGGGACGAAGGGCCUUCAAGUCUUUCUCCUCACCGCAAAUGGCCUGGCCUUUGAAAGUACCACGUACCGCGAACCGGUCGAGUAUAGCAUCGAGAAGCCCGUGCGGAAUUUGGAAGGCUCUAUUUUCUGAGGCGUAUACGGUGCUGCUGUUAGACAACAACAAGAAAGGAGCCGAUAUGGGUCUCUGUGUAUUUCGGACGCAGACUUCGAAUUCCUUGAUUACCUACCACAAGCUACCGAAUGAGCAGCUUGUUCGUUUCAGAACACGAGCUGAGCUCUCUUCGAAGACCAAGCCCGAGCCGAGCCGCUACUUCCUGAUAACAGUAGAAGCCAGCCUCCCAAUGAAGCACCGGCGACAACACAGGAAGAGCGAGGCGGACGCCAGCGGUCGCGGGGCGUGUGGUCCUCGGCACGAGGGCGUGUUCGUUGUGCGAGCCGGACGCGGAGGCGGGGAAGGGCUGCUUGCUGGCCGUUCGGAGAAGGGUGCGCGCGAAUGCCAGCCGGGAUGUCUCGUGGCCUUGGGCUUGGGCUAUUUAUUCUAUUUGGGAUGUAUAUAUGUGUGUGUGUGUGUGUUCGCUGCAGAUAGGCUCGAGGGAGAGAUUUCCAACCUCACCUACUUCCCCGGCAGCAAAAUCUCAUCCUCGCUCUGCCAGCACAAACUCGAGAGAGCAUUUCGUGAAACGCUCACGGAGCUAUCCAGCCAGCAUAGCAAGCAAUCGAUCCUCCCCCUUCAUACACAUAUCCUCAUCUGCACACCAGUGCACCACCCCUCCAUAAUGCACACCAGUGUACGAAAACCCCCCUUCCCCCGUGCCAAACCAGGCCCCAAAACCAGCAAUUAG